AUGUGUGAGUCAGUGAACUGUAGUGUGGUCAAGGUGAGUGACAUGCUGUCCCCAACUUCCAUCAACGUCUCGGUGGCCAUCUUGAUUUGUGUGUGCCUUGUGACCGCCAUGGCCAACGUCAUGUUUUUGGUGACGGUGUGGUACACGAAGCGAAUGAGGAGGACAUUGUACAUCCUUCUUACCAACUUCUUCAUCACCGAUUUAGUGUUUGUCGGCAUCAGUCUCCCGCUCAACAUCGCCACUUUUCUCGCAGACGGGCCUCCUUUCGGAUAUGUCGUCUGCUAUCUUAAAACCUACAUCACCUACGGGACAAUCAGCACGUCUGCUUGUGUUCUCACUUCAGUUGCAGUGUACCGACUUCUGCAGGUCUGUUAUAACCAUAUCUACACCCGGAUCAGUUCGAGGAAGUGGUUACUGAGUGUGUCCAUUUGUCUGUGGGUUAUUCCUGUCGCCUUCUGCGCAGGAUUUGGAGGUUCUGUUACCUACGACCCCCAGAGAUAUUCAUGUGCAUACACAAACAUCUCCCUCACCUACAUCCUGGUGUGUUGCCUGUACCUCCCCCUCAUCUUCACCGUCGUCUUCUGCUACGUCAAAAUCUACCUCUUCACGAAGAAGUCACGUCAACGGGUGGAAGUGCAUUCAAUUCAACACCAAACCAACAUGGGUGCCCCGUCUACAUCCUCCAAAAAGAGAGAUGACGUCGUCUUCAAGAUGAUGCUGGUAGUAUUCAUGGAGAUUCUCUUCUUCUAUGUAUUUCCCGGUGUGUUAAACUCCCUGAUCAACAUUGUGCCCCCGGCAUCCAAACCGCGAGUAACGUUGGCAGCGUUUCACCUGUAUCGCAUCCGCCCCUGUGUGAAUGUGAUCACCUGCAUCCUCAUAAACAUGGAGCUACGGAUCGGCUUGAGGGACUGUCUCAGGUGUAUAAGAGGGAACUCUAUCAACAGCGAAAGCUAG